AUAGAUAUAUAAAAACUUAACAGUCAUACAGUUUUUUUCAAGUUUAAAUAAAUUUAAGUUAACUUUGUGUUGUUAUUAGUCACCUCAAAAUUCUCAUUAAAUGUAUAAUAUAAACUAAAUUAUGAUCAGAGAGGUUAUUGUUGUACUUUUUAGUAACAAGUGUGAAGGAAAUCAGGUUUUUGUUUGCUGGGCUCCUUUUCUUUAUUCAAUUUUAAUUGUUAGUUUUUAUACAAUACUAUGUUACAAUUGAUUCAAAACUAGCACACUUCAAUACAUCAUAAAAUGGCAGCAAAUUUAAAUCCAUGUAUAUCACUUCCAAUAAGUUUGAGUAAAAAUGAUUUUCAAGAUCUCAUACAGAAGGUUAAAGAUUGGACCAUCAUGCACGGAGGUGGUAUGAGGUCGAAAACACAAUUCUCCAAUGAUUCCUUAACUGUGGUACCGUUUACACUAUUGCCAUCAGUUUUUCCACGAUCUGAAUUUAAAAAAGCAGUUGCAAUACAACCAGCGCUGAAUGAGCUUACACAUCGAGUAUCUAAUGAUCAUGAAUUUUUAUACUCUUGUUUAGAAAAAACAAUAGAAGUUGAUGAAUUUACGCGUAAUUUAUUUAAAUUAUAUGAAACUAUGCGGAAUGAAGGUUUCACGCAGCGCUUGAGCCUGGGAAUAUUGCGCUCAGACAUCAUGCAGGAAAAGGAAUCAAGCGAUGAUCGCAUCAAACAAGUUGAAAUGAACACAAUUGCUAGCGGAUUUGGUUGGCUUGGUGUCGUUUCCGGGGACAUUCACAGAUUUGUAUUUCAACAGUUGGGUUUGUUGGACAAACUGAGUGUGUUACCUGAAAAUAAUGCAUUACAAGGUCUAAGUUCAGCAAUCGUUAAAGCUUGGGAACUGUUCAACGAAAAAGACUCAGUUAUCUUGGUGAUUAUUGAAAAUCAAUCUAUGAAUAUCUGCGACCAACGUUUUCACCAAUUUGAAAUCGCUCGUCAAAGACCAGAAGUCAAAGUCAUCGUCAAGACGCUGACACAGAUGUCCAAUGAAGCAAAGUUAUCAGAUUCCAAAGGCCUAUUAGUACAAGGAAAAAAGGUUGCUGUUGUCUACUAUAGGGCCGGUUAUUCGCCUGAUCAUUAUUUUGGCGAGGCUGAAUGGUCUGCACGCUUGAUGAUUGAACGUUCAACGGCUAUUAAAUGCCCGAAUAUUCAAUAUCAUUUGGCAGGAACUAAAAAAGUACAACAAGCUUUGGCGACUCCAGGAACACUAGAACGUUUUGUUAAAGACCCCAAAAAAGCUGCAGAAAUCCGAAAAGUGUUCACGGGAUUGUACGCCCUAGACUUGGACGAAAAUGGCGACAAAGCUGUUAAAAUGGCCUUAGAUGCUCCGGAUCGAUUUGUGUUGAAACCGCAAAGAGAAGGUGGGGGCAAUAAUUUGUACGGAGAGGAUAUCAGAAAAAAACUCAUGAGCUGCAUGGAAAACAAAGAACGAUCAGCUUGGAUUCUGAUGGACAAAAUAAAUCCGCCUGUCCAACAAAAUUACCUAAUUAGACCGAAUCAGGAUUUUGAGAAAAACUCUACUUUAUGCGAAGUUGUUUCUGAGAUGGGUAUCUUUGGUACCAUAUUAUGUGACGGUGAUGAAAUAUUGAUCAACGAACAAGUGGGACAUAUGAUGCGCACAAAACUAACAUCGUGCAAUGAGGGCGGUGUGCACGCUGGUGACGGUGUGUUGGACAGCCCAUUCCUCAUUGAUGACUAGUGACUAGCCGAAAAAAAUUAAUAAAUACAGCGUUGGGAACAUAUUAUACAAAAAUAUUUUAUUACUGUUACAUAUUUAUUAUUAUAUACACAUUCUGUGCAAAUGUUACCAAUACAUAUUAAUUUUUUUAUGAAAUAAAAUAAUAUACACAAA